CCUAACGCCGGGCGACUGGCGAGGCCUGGCCGACCCGGCUUGACCAGCAUGCUGGAGAGAUGAUAUACUGACUUUUAGUAAGAGUCUGGAAGAGCAUGAGGAGCACCUUCGAAUUGUGCUUAACAAAUUGCGAAAGGCGAAAUUUAAGAUUAACCCGAAGAAGUGUGAGUGGCAGAUGGCUACAGGAGAUUGUGAGGGACAUGUCCUUGCAGCUGCAAAUGGAGCCAGAGGUCGAAGGGGGAGCGAUCACUCUGGCUGUUUGGAUGAAGGACAAAAGUGAGAACAUGUUGGCGAUCAUCUGGGAGCUGGAGGAGGGGCCGGAUCCUCAGCUUGACGUCUGCAUCGAUUGGAGGAGGGCAGAUGGCAUCAUGUCAGUCUGCAAAACCCUCUUCAAUGAGGGUCGCGAUCUGUAUGCUCUUAUGGAAGACCGGCUGGAGGGCAUUAUUGAUCGUGAGGACACGCACGAGAACACUAACAACAGCAACAGCGGCGCAAACAUCAUCAACAACAACAACAACAACAACAACAACAACAACUACAACGAUAAUAUCAACAACAACGACGACGACAGUGACAAGUAUGGAAGCAGCGGGGCUGACAACUGUAUCCGGCCAGUUGCGAACAUCACCGACAUGAUGGGGGAGAUGCUGCAAGCGGAUGAAGGGGAGACUGGGGUUGGAACGGAAAAGGGGUUUGUCAUCUCCCUCCCCCUCAACGAUAGGGACGACGGCGACAACACCAACAACAACAACAACAACAGCAACAACAACAACAACAACAACAACAACAACAACAACAACAACAAUGACAACAAUAACAACAACAAUAACAACGACAACGACGAUGGCGGAGGCCACGACCAAGGGAGCAGCGGGGUAGGAAGUGACAUCCGGGCGGCUGAGAUGGGAGGGAUGCUGCAAGGGGACGUGGUGGGAUAUGGGGUUGAUACAGGGAAGUUGUUUACUGCUCUCCCCCUCUCCAGCCUUCAUACGGGGUUCCUCCUCGUGGUUUGGAGGAGGAUAGGAGUAGGAUAGCUGGGGGUGAUUGAUGUUGCCCGGCCUGUAAUACCAAUCACCAACGGGAUAGAAUUUUCGUGUUUAGGCUUGAUUGAUAAAGAUCACACACAUCA